AUGGCCACAGGGAUCUGGCCGCCCGAUCCAACCCCUAUACUUAAAAGAUUCAACCGCAACACCCCUAAGGUAUCAAGCUCAGAUGAGAGCUCAGCUUCUGUACUUAGUGGAUCAGACUGGCGUAAAAUCAAGGCUCUAGUUAAUCAAACAGCAGCUGAUAGAACAAGUAAGGAGGUGAAGAAACUACACAGAUCACUCUAUCACAUCUCAACCCAAAACGAGCUACUCCGCCAUGAGAUGAAGGGACUAAAGGAGGCUCUGAGUACCAAGAAGAAGCAGAAGAAGAAGAGCUACCCCUUAGAUCUUCAAACUAAUCAGGAUGGGUAUCAUGGAGGAGCUGUUUUCUGGUCGCCAAGGAAACUUCGCCAAGCCCGGGAACGUAGGGUAGUAGAAGAACGUGAGAAAGACGAGACACAACUCCAAAAAGCUCGUAGAUUAGAAUUGAAAGAGCAGGCUAGGUUAUACAAACUUCAAGUAGCUCAGGAGAAGCGUGUGGAGCGGGAGAGACUCAGGGAGGUGCGCGAGAAGGAGAAGGCUGAAAAGAUGGCUGAACGGGCACGUGAAAAAGCAGCUCGCGACUCACAAAAGGCUAUUCAACAAGCCCAAAACAGUAAGCGCAAGGCCUCACAAAGCUCUACUCAAAAGCAGAAGCGUCAGAAACGCGUUGUUGCUGUUACAGGUGCUAAGGAGUCCUCAGGGGCUGCACCAGCUGCCCCAGGGCUGGGCGAUUACGCCCCGCAACGACAAAAUUAA